AAACAUUCAUUGCAUUGAUCUGUUCUCAGCUUCCAUCAAUGAUCCGGGUAUGUCGAUCGCAUCUCAACAAAAAACUUCUAUUCAAAAUGAUAAGAGCACACCAUCCUCCUCAAGAAUGGCAAGUCGACCGGAUAGCCCUUCAUACGAUCCAAAAGGUUCUUUAAUCUUACGAAUCAAACGAAAGCGUGGCGUUGAUCCCAUUACAGCAUUACGCAUCGAAACAUUACGAUCAGAAGAAGAAAGAGAAUCAAAAGAAUCGGAUGCAUCAUUGAUAGGUACAAGCCCUGAAGAUGUAACGCAAGCAAGGCCAAAACGUAGAUUGACAGAUCGAGGUGUUUUUCGAUUGGCUGAAACGGUGUCGCUAUCCUCCUUUGAUAAUUUGGAAAAGACAAAGCAGCUUGAAAACCGUAUUGCACAGCUAAAGAAGCCGAGCACCGGACCUGAAAAGGAUGAAUUGAAAGAGAAAGAUGACUCGCAGAAAAAGGAAAACAAAGAUGAGACUACAACACCUAAGACUUCAAAGUCCUCAACUUCUAGUCCAAAUCCAGCACAGCUCCGAUUCAAAGUCGUACACUCUUCCUCUUCCAAAACUUCAAGGAGAUCGUUAUAUGAUGCAUUAAAAGCAAACAAUAGCUCUAGUAGUCUUCGUCUGAAGAAGAGACACCUCAAGACAAGUGCUAGGGCAGAUCGACCUCCAGAAAUUUUGAGUAGUCGACCUACACCAUACUCUCGAAGACCACGUUACAUUGAUGCUGUAGUGGAAGGAAGUCCAUUAGGAAGAGAUGUCAAUGGUAAAGGUGCACGCAAACAGCAGACUCAGGUCGAUAGCGAGAUGGACUCUUUAGAUCGCCGGUUUGCAGGCCUAUUGGGAGAUUACCUCAAAGGACAAGACCUUGAACCGCCAAAAGAUAUACUUGACGCAGCUGCUGAUGCUGAAUUCCAGCAACCAAAAGACUCGGAAGAGAAUAGCUCUGAUGAGGAUGAUUAUGUGUACGACAUCUACUAUCGAGAGAAGGAGGCAUCAUUUACUUCAAACUUGGCAGCUAGUGCUGCUCAUAUUGGUCUACAGCCAUCCGAGGUUGCAGGUCAUGAGCGACAGCCGUCCUACAACAAUAUGACUUCCUCUACAGCAAGUCUCAGUGCUCAAACCGGCCCAGUGGUCGCACCUGAAGCGAUGGCAACCCUUGUUGGCUUGACAGAGCGUGAUUUCUUUGGGGAAGAAGAUGAAGAUACAAUCGAACAAGGCAGUCGUCUUAUUUCUGAGGAAAUGCUAGACAGUGAUGAUCCUUACGAGGAAGGCGAAGAUGAAGAUAGCAAUGACGAAGACUUUUAUCGAAACGAUUAUCCAGAGCAGGAGGCAGAGGAGGAGGAAGAUAUGGAAGCAUCAGGUUGGGGAUGGGCAGGUCCUAGACGUCAUCGUAAUAGCGACAGCGAUGAUGAAAGUGAAGAGGAAGAAGAAGAUGAUUUCUAGAGGUGUAUAUGAUGAAUUUUGCAACCAGUGUAUUUUACAAUCAUUUAAUGUUUUGUUGGAUGUCUAUGAAACGGUCAUGCUCC